AUGACAAGACAGCGGGAAGAAGAUGAUGAGCGGGGCAAUCUUUCUUCCAAAAGGCGCAGGACUGAAGUUCCACAAGCUGAGGCCGAGCAAGCGUCGGCUCUUGAAGAGGACCUUGAAUUUGAAAUUUUGCAGGGCUAUCGCGAUGUAGAUAAGGAUGUUAGUAAAGAUCGGGUUGAAGUCGCUAGAAAUGGAGAUAUUGCAAUCGCACUUGAUCGGUUAAAAGCUAUUGAUACCCUUUUUGACAGAAUGGUGUCGGUUAACUCAAACCGCAACUCCUUACUAGCGCAGGAUUCAAAAGCUGCGCUGAAUGUGAGUGAGCUAGCGCAGUUAAGCGUAAGGAAUUUGAAACUUGAUGAAUCGCAAAGAGUCUUAGGUAUCAGCGAUGUUAUCAACUACUCUAAGAGGUUCAUGCUAAAGGAAUAUUUCAAUGCUAAUGGUAUCAAGCAAGAGCGUGCCAAGGUUAACUCUAGCGAUGAUGCGGAGGAAGAGGACUCUUCCAAUGCCCAAGACGACUCGGCAACAAACCAGGAUGUAUACGCGCAAGGGAGACAGCAGCGGAGUCUUUUGGAUCAGUUCGACCAGUAUAAUCGCUUCACACAGUUCAAUUGGUUUAAAAUGGGUAUGCUUUUCAGGACCAUAUCGAAAACGCCAUUGACAGUUGACCACUUGUUGGGCCCCUUUGCAGCAGAGAAGAAAAUUAGAUCAUCGAGCCAAAGAAUUAGAACCACGGAUAUUGUUGGAGAGGCGGUCACAGCCGAAAGAGUCACAAAAAGCUCAUUAAAUUCCACUCAAGAAGAAACUACGCCUGAACAAGUAAAAAAAUGUUUUAAGGUCCUAAUUGAGAAAAAUGGGCUCAAGCAAAUCAAUCUUUUCAAGUUUAUUAUACACCCGAAAUCAUUCGCAAAAUCAGUAGAGAACUUGUUUUACACUAGCUUUUUGAUUAAAGGCGGCAAGCUAGUGCUUGAGGAAGACGAGGAUGGAUUUCCAGCUAUAAGGCCUAAGGAAGGUCUCCCCAAAAACCCCCAUGAUCGCGAGGUUGAGAUUCAACGUAGAAAUGAUGCGCGGCAAAAUCAUAUCAUUUUUCAGCUUGACAUGGCUACGUGGAGAAGGUUAAUACAAAGAUUCGAUAUUACUAGUCCUUUUAUUCCCUAA